AUGGCGGGCCAGUACCCUCGGGCUCUUCCUCGGGGAACGGGCCCCGGUGCUGGUGCCCCGGGGUGGGAUGCCUGCUCUGUGCCUAUUUCCGAGAUCAUCACCGUUGAAGAAACGGACAUUAAUGGGAAACACUACACCAGUGGAAAAUGGCAGAAAAUGGGAAAGCCUUAUGCUUUCACAGUGCAUCGUGUGAGGAGGGCCCGGCAGCACCGCUGGAGGUGGGCACAGGUGACCUUCUGGUGUCCUGAGGAGCAGCUGUGCCACCUGUGGUUGCAGACCCUCAGGGAGCUACUGGAGAAGCUGACAUCUAGACCAAAGCACUUACUGGUGUUCAUCAAUCCGUUUGGAGGGAAAGGACAAGGCAAGCGGAUCUAUGAGAGAAAAGUGGCGCCGCUGUUUACACUGGCCUCCAUCACCACCGAGAUCAUCGUUACUGAGCGUGCUAAUCAUGCCAAGGAGAGUUUAUAUGAGCUCAAUAUAGACAAAUAUGAUGGCAUCGUCUGUGUGGGCGGAGACGGCAUGUUCAGCGAGGUCCUGCACGGCCUGGUGGGCAGGACGCAGAGGGACGCCGGCGUGGACCAGGACCAGCCGCGGGCGGCGCUCGUGCCCAGCCCGCUGAGGAUUGGCAUCAUCCCCGCAGGGUCGACAGACUGUGUGUGUUACUCAACGGUUGGCACGAACGACGCGGAGACCUCGGCUCUGCACAUCGUCGUGGGGGACUCGCUGCCCAUGGACGUGUCCUCUGUGCAUCACAACAGCACGCUGCUGCGGUACUCAGUGUCCCUGCUAGGCUACGGCUUCUACGGGGACAUCAUCAAGGACAGCGAGCAGAAGCGGUGGAUGGGUCUCAUCAGAUACGACUUCUCAGGUUUGAAGACCUUCCUCUCCCAUCACUGCUACGAAGGGACAGUGUCCUUCCUGCCGGCGCAGCACACGGUGGGCUCCCCGAGGGACAGGACACCCUGCCGGGCGGGGUGCUUUGUCUGCAGGCAGAGCAAGCGGCAGCUGGAGGAGGAGCGGAAAAGGUCGCUGUACGGCUUGGAGAGCGCCGAGGAGGUGGAAGAGUGGAAGGUCGUCUGCGGGCAGUUCCUGGCCAUCAACGCCACCAACAUGUCCUGUGCUUGUCCCCGGAGCCCCCAGGGGCUCUCCCCGGCCGCCCACCUGGGAGAUGGGUCUUCCGACCUCAUCCUCAUCCGGAAGUGCUCCCGGUUCAACUUCCUGAGGUUUCUCGUCAGGCACACCAACCAGGGCGACCAGUUCGACUUCACUUUCGUCGAAGUCUAUCGCGUCAAGAAGUUCCAGUUUGUGUCGAAGCCUGCGGAGGACGAGGACGGCAGCGUCUGGGGCCGCGGGGAGAAGCGAUUGGGGCAGCUGUGUAGCGACCGCCCCCCGUGCUGCUGCACCGUCUCCAGCAGCGCCUGGAACUGCGACGGGGAGGUUCUGAGCAGCCCUGCCAUCGAGGUCAGGGUCCACUGCCAGCUGGUCCGGCUCUUUGCACGAGGAAUCGAGGAGAACUCGAAGCAGGAGUCGCACCGCUGA